GGGAGCGAGCGGCGGCUCGAGCGGGAGCGCGACCAUGAGGCCAUGCGGGACUUUUCUAGAAAAUGAGUUCUGGGGUGAGCUGCUGAGUCAGGGGUGGAUGACAGGAGAGAAGGUCGGCGCCUGCAGGCUGUCCAGAGGACCGCAGAGCCAAGGAGCCAGAAUGAGCCUGGGGCCCGACGAGAAGCGAACGCGCACACGCUCCCAGGUGUGCCAAGGGCCUGUUGAUCUUGCAGGACAGGAAUCGAGCACCGAGGGCGGCCCGCCGGCUCGCAAGAGGAAGCACCAGGAGGCGAAGCCCGAUCAGAGCCGGCCCGCAGCCAAGAGGAAGGCCAGCCCCGUGAAGCUCGCCCUGGACAGUGACAGGAGCAGCGAAGAGGCGGAGCCCGGGGAGGAGUCCGUUGCGGAGGGGGCGGUCCCGGAGGAGGAGCCUCAGAAGGAGGCGGAGCAAGAAGGCGGCAAAGAGACGGCGGCUGAGACUGAGCCAGAGCCCGAGCCCGCAGGAGAACAUCAGUCAGCGAUCGAGAGCUGCGGCGGCGGAAACUGUGACGAGGCGGAGGCGCCUCCCACUGACACCGGUAUGGCCACGCCCCCUUCCUCGAGCGAGCAAUACUCCAGCAGCCAUGAAAUGGCAGCCAACUCCCUGCUUCACCUCGGCGAGGCCACGUCCCUCCUGCCGCGGGCUUCUCGGGAAACGAGCGGCCGGAUCACGGAGGAGGAGGUCCAGAGGGGAGAGCGGGGUCCCGGGGCGCAGGAGGAAGAGCGGGAGGAGCCGCCCACAGGGGACGCAGCGGGAGCCACAGAAACCACGGAAGACGAGGGGGAGGGGCAGCGGAGCUCAGUCCAGAAGGACAACUUGGACCACCAGUACUUCUGCGGUGGCUACCCCGCGGUGACGGGGACAAGGAUGGCGCUCCAGCGGGGACACGACGGAGAACGACCGGAUGAAGAUGAAGAGGAGGAUGAGGACGAGGACAACAGCGGCACUGCGCCCCCUAGGGCUCCAGAGGCAGGAGUGCAGGACAGGGGGAGCGAGAAGCCCCCCUCCGGCGAAGAGGAGCACGCUUCCCAUAAGGCUGUGCCUUCCGUGGUCAUCGAGGUGCGAUCGGAGGACUCGGAGAGAGAAGAGGAGGAGCAGAUGGAUGGCGGGGAGGAGGAGGAGGAAGAGGAGGAGGCCGAGGCGGCCGUGACGGACGACACGGAGACGUACGACAUGCGACGGGGAAACCUGGGUCUCCUUGAGCAGGCGAUAGCGCUGAAGGCCCAGCAGGGGAGGGGUGCGGACCCAGCGAAACCCCCCCAGGGAGAGGAGCCCCCCACCAAGUGCAAGAGCGCCAGCAAAGAGGGUUCCCGGGCAGACAAAAAGGAGGUCAAAUGCCCCACCCCUGGGUGUGAUGGGACGGGACACGUGACCGGUCUGUACCCCCAUCACCGGAGUCUAUCCGGCUGCCCCCACAAGGACAGGAUCCCACCAGAGAUUUUGGCCAUGCAUGAGAACGUGCUCAAGUGUCCGACGCCUGGGUGCACGGGACAAGGUCACGUCAACAGCAACCGCAACACCCACAGGAGCCUGUCAGGGUGUCCCAUCGCCGCCGCCGAGAAACUGUCCAAAUCUCAGGAGAAACAGGCGGCGCCGCCGCCGCCGCCGCCGCCGCAGUCGACCGGGAGCCCCCACUCCGACAGGGUCCUCAGGCCCAUGUGCUUCGUGAAGCAGCUCGAGAUCCCGCAGUACGGCAGCUACCGGCCCAGCGCCCUGCCGGCCACGCCCCGCGCCAACCUGGCCAAGGAGCUCGAGAAGUACUCCAAGGUGUCCUUCGACUACACCGCCUUCGACGUGCAGCUCUUCGGGAAGCGCGCGCUCGCUCCCAAGCCGCAGGCGGGCAAAACGUCGCCGAAAACCAAAGCGUCCCCCAGCCACAGCGUGCCGGGGGUCCACGCCAAGUCGUCCAGCUCCUCUUCCCCGUCGUCCUCCUACGACUACUCGCAGGACGCGGAGGCCGCCCACAUGGCUGCCACCGCCAUCCUCAACCUGUCCACGCGCUGCUGGGAGAUGCCGGAGAACCUGAGCACCAAGCAGCCGGACGCGGCCAACCAGGUGGGCUUCGGAUCGCAGAACGCGGCGCUCGAGGUGGAUGAGAACGGCACGCUGGACCUGAGCAUGAAGAAGCCCGUGAAGCGGGAGGGGUCCAGCCCCGGGGUGCGGUCCCCCGCCCCCGCACCCUCCUCCUCUCUGAACCCAGGCGGCAGCGGAGCAAAAACGUCGUGUCGCUCGGGCCCCGCCCUCAAGCAGGAGGAGUGGGAGGGGCCUCUGGACUACACCACACCCAACCGUCAGAGAGAAGAGGAGCUAGAAGAGCAGCAGGAGGCGUCAGAUGACCCAUCGGACCCCGAGGACGGCGUCGAGGACAAGAGGUACCCGGGCGAGGUCACGACCCCCACCUUUAAAGUCAAGUUCCAGCCGAAGGACUGCAAGAAGGACGUUCUGCUGUGUCCCACCCCUGGCUGCGACGGCAGUGGCCACAUCACCGGAAACUAUGCAUCACACCGCAGCCUCUCCGGCUGUCCUCUCGCUGAUAAGAGUCUGCGGACCCUCAUGGCAGCCCACUCUCCUGAACUCAAGUGUCCGACUCCAGGAUGCGACGGUUCCGGCCACAUCACGGGGAACUACGCGUCGCACAGGAGCCUGUCCGGCUGCCCCCGCGCCAAGAAGGGCGGCGUGAAGAGCGCCCCGACUAAGGAGGACAAGGAGGAGUCGGAGCUCAUCAAAUGCCCCGUACCCGGGUGCGACAGCCUGGGCCACAUCAGCGGGAAAUACGCGACGCACCGCAGUGCCUACGGCUGCCCGCUGGCGGCGCGGCGUCACAAGGAGGCGCUGCUCAACGGCUCCACCUUCUCCUGGAAAUCGUUCAAGGCCGAGGGUCCCACGUGCCCCACGCCCGGGUGCGACGGCUCGGGACACGCCAACGGCAGCUUCCUCACGCACCGCAGCCUCUCCGGAUGUCCCAGGGCGUCUGUGACCAAGAAGAAGAGCAAAUGUCCCGGAGACGAGUACCUGGGCACCAAGUUCCGCUCCAGCGAUGUUCUGGACAACGACGAGGACAUUAAGCAGCUCAACAAGGAGAUCAACGAGCUCAACGAGUCCAACAGCGAGAUGGAGGCGGACAUGGCCAGCCUCCACACGCAGAUCUCGUCCAUGGAGAAGAACUUGAAGAACAUGGAGGAGGAGAACAAGGUGAUCGAGGAGCAGAACGAGGCCCUGUUUGUGGAGCUGUCCGGCCUCAGCCAGGCGCUCAUCCGCAGUCUGGCCCACAUCCAGCUGCCCCACAUGCAGGAGCCGAUCACGGAGCAGAACUUCGACACGUACGUGGACAGGCUGACGGACAUGUACACCAACAAGGACUGCUAUCAGAACCCGGACAACAAGGCCCUGCUGGAGACCAUCAACCAGGCGGUGAAAGGGAUCGAGGUGUGAAGGGGGGGGUGCGGGGGGCGAGAGGAGGAGCCCCGCGUGGACACGGCGCAUAGCAACUCGCAACGAGGGCACUCAGGUAUAAACACUGUGCUGGCGUUGGCGGGAGCCCCGCGAGACGUAACACCGCAGAAACUCGGGACGAGACCCAAACCCGGCACGUUGCUCCUUGGGGCCAACGGACAGCGGCGCCUGCAGGGCAUCGUGGGACGGAACCCACACCCCACAAGCGCUCACCCUCAGCGCACCGGCACCAAGAACUUUGGUCUUAGGCUGCUUGCCGCCUGUGAACGUGUGUGACACCCCCUGGGGUGUGUGUGUGUGUGUGUGCGCGCGCGCGUGUGUGGACGUGCACGUUCAACUCUCUUCCGAGCCCAACUCUUGCGACUGUUACUGGACACGCAGGACGUCCAGCUCCCGUCCAGCCACACGCCAUGGGAACACGAGCAGGUUUCCUCCUCUGUACCCGAGGAAUGCUGUAUUACUAUAGUAUAUCGUGUAAAUAAUUUCCCGCCUCAUCUAGCAGCCCAACACAUCGCGGUGUUUACGAACAUAGAAAUCGCGCUUCGUUCCGCCGAAGUCGGUAGUUUAUCGGUUCCUAAAGUGUGUGGACGGUUCCGUGUCGUUUUCUUCACGCAGCUCCACGUUCUGUUUGCUUGACUUGAUCUGCCUAUUUAUUGACUAUUUUAUUCACUUAUUUAUUCACUUUAUUCCGUAACCUCCGGAGUGCGACGUGCAUCUCAGGCUCUUACUGGCUCUGAACUGCUGAGAGACACCGGAGUUCCGUCCUCAGUGUCACUGCCUGAAAAACAAAAAGGUAUUUAAGAUAUCAGCCGCGCUUAUUGUUUUAUAUAUAUUUUUCAUUUAGACAAUGGCAUUUUUAACUUCUUUUCUAAGUGCAAAUAUUUUAUAACUGACCGAGUUUGACAAUUUUUAAAUGUUAUUUGUGUUUCUGUUGAAAGUAUUCUGGGACCCCCUUCUGUGAGGAAAAAAGGAAAACUAUUUAUUUGAUAUUUAAGGAACAAUGAACAGUAAUAUUGUUAGAUAUUUAUUUUGUAUUGUCUGUGUUUGUGAUGACGGCGUACAAAUAGUUGAUACUUAAAUAAAUUCCCUGC